UUCGGAGGGGGAGGAAUAUGGCGGAGUUUGAUCCUGAUUCUUUGCCUCACCUGCUGCCACUCUAUUAUCGCCGCAUCUUCCCCUUCGGGCCUUACGGGCGGUGGCUGCUCUAUGGUGACGUGUCAAAGAAUUACUUUCAGCGGCGAGAGUUCUCAUUCACACUGCAUGAUGAUAUUUACGUCCGGUACCAGUCUUUCAAUUCCCCGCAGGAGCUGGAGAAAGAGAUCCAGAAGAUAUGUCCUUAUAAAAUUGACAUUGGGGCUGUAUAUUCACACAGGCCUAUCCAACACAACACAGUGCACAUGGGAGCCUUCCAGGCUCAGGAAAAGGAACUUGUGUUUGACAUAGACAUGACAGAUUAUGAUGAUGUCAGACAAUGCUGCAGGUCUGCUGAGAUCUGCUCCAAAUGCUGGACACUCAUGACUCUAGCCAUCCGCAUUAUUGACCGGGCACUUGUGGAGGACUUCGGAAUCAAACACCGCCUCUGGGUGUACUCGGGACGCAGAGGUGUUCAUUGCUGGGUGUGUGAUGAGUCCGUCAGGAAGUGGUCCACAACUCUCCGCUCUGCAGCAGUGGAAUAUCUAAGUCUUGUUAAGGGUGGCGAGGAGACCAUCAAGAAGGUGAUCCUCUCUGACCCCAUUCACCCAUUCAUCAGGGAGUCACUAAAUGUGGUGAAGGAAUACUUUGAAGAAUAUGCCCUUGUGGGUCAGGACAUACUUGGAAAUAAAGAGAGCUAUGAUAAAGUGUUGGCUUUGGUCCCAGAACCAGUUCGAGAGACAUUGCAGAAGGAAUUCUGUAAAAAGCGCAGUUCAGUCCAGCGCUGGGAACUUUUGAAAAACAAGACAGAAAAGUUCAAUGUAAGUAAUGGGGUGAUCAUGUUGCAGUACUGCUUUCCCCGACUGGAUAUUAAUGUUAGCAAAGGAAUCAACCAUUUAUUGAAGAGCCCCUUCAGUGUUCACCCCAAAACAGGUCGAAUUUCAGUUCCAAUUGACCUGCAGAAACUGGAUAGUUUUGAUCCAUUUGCUGUUCCCACUAUAAGCCAGCUGUGUCAUGAACUGGAUAGAAAUGGCAACGAUCAGGGAGAUGAAGAGCAAAACCAAGAGAAGCUAGAAAGCCCUCGAAGGAACAGAGACUGCAAGAAAACCAGUUUGACUCCAUAUGUGAAAGUUUUUGAAUGCUUCCUGGAGGAGAUGGAUAGAUCUCAGAAAGAGGAAAGUCCUAAAGCUAGUGAUGUACAGAUGGAUUUCUGAAGUUUUGAACAUGUAGAUGUGCAGUGAUCCUGCCAUACUGUCUGUAUCCAGAAAACCCAUCUUUCUCUCUCUUUCUCUCUCUCUCUCUGUCUCUUAACUUUUUACUAAGGGGCGAAGGGAAGGUAAAAGAAGCUUUGGCAGCUCAAAUCUUAGUUGGAACAAGAGAAAAAAUAUAUAAAUUUUACUUGAAAUUUCUUGCAAAAUUAAAGCCAAAACAUCCAAAUAUGUUUUUUGAUUAUCCAUGACGGGGGGUGGGGGGUGUCUCAUUCGGUAGCAAACGGCUUUAACCACAUACUGUUUUGAGAGAUGAAUGGGUUUUUCUCCAUCAGUGAGCUUCUCUUGUUCAUAUAUGGAAAGAUGCUCUGUAAAGAUGCACAAGUGAUUAAGGGAUCAGGAAUUCAACAUAACUGAAAAUUAUGCUAAUAGUUAAUUAAGGUUAUGGAGCCAUGGGUUCAAAUCCCACUCAUCUGUUUGUAAAAUAUAAAAUGAUAGGUGGGACCCAGACCAAAUUUUCCACUAAUGGAAGGCAUUUCUGUAAGCAGAACUUUCCUCCCUGCACCCCCUGGCAGGCCACUGCUGUCCAAAACUGCUGCUUCUGGGUGACUGGAGACCCUCAGGAAUGGCACAAGGGUCAAAUCAGGAGUCUGCAGCAGGAAGGGGAAAUUGGCAGGAAUUACAGUACCCCUUCCAUUAGCAGAAAGUUUAGUCCAGAUCCAGCCCAUAUAUCUAUUAACAUCUGAGACAAUUGUCACAUACCCAUCUUGGCCUAUCUGUAUCUCUGCUAUUUUCUGCUUAGAAUUUGGUUAAUUGAUACUUUUGGCACUGGUUCUCUUAAACAUAUUUCUUACUAUUCCAAGUAGGAAUUGAAUUCAUUUUUGUUUUUAUUUAAACUAUCAAUCUUCAAAGAUUCUUUGUAAAAACACAUUUCAUAAUUAAAGGUCUGUGGAGAAAC